UUUCACGCAUCGCACGGGGAACACCGAUCGAUCGAUCCCUCGAGAAGCAGAGACAAGUAGCCCGCCCGCCCGCCCGCACACAUAGAGACAGAGAGAAUCAAGCCGCCGCCGACCAGUGACAUGGCGCCCUGGGCCAUUGCCAUCCACGGCGGCGCGGGCGUGGACCCGAACCUCCCGGAGCACCGGCAGGAGGAGGCGAAGCGCGUGCUGGCGCGGUGCCUGCAGGUGGGCGUGGACCUGCUGCGCGCGGGCGCGCAGGCGCUGGACGUCGUGGAGGCCGUGGUGCGCGAGCUGGAGACGGACCCCUUCUUCAACUCGGGGCGCGGGUCCGCGCUCACCCGCGCCGGCACCGUGGAGAUGGAGGCCAGCAUCAUGGACGGCCGCGGCCGCCGCUGCGGCGCCGUGUCCGGCGUCUCCACCGUCAAGAACCCCGUGUCCCUGGCGCGCCGCGUCAUGGACAACUCGCCCCACUCGUACCUCGCCUUCGACGGCGCCGAGGAGUUCGCCCGUGCGCAGGGCCUGGAGACCGUGGACAACAGCUACUUCAUCACGGAUGACAACGUCGGCAUGCUCAAGCUCGCCAAGGAGGCCGGCAGCAUCCUGUUCGACUACCGGAUCCCGCUGGCGGGGACGGACACGUGCAGCGCGCUGGCGGGCGCGGCGGACAGCAACGGCGGCGGCGUGCACAAGGCGGGGAUGGUCAUGAACGGGCUGCCCAUCAGCGUGUACGCGCCGGAGACGGUGGGGUGCGCGGUGGUGGACGCGUCGGGGGCCUGCGCGGCGGCCACGUCCACGGGCGGGCUCAUGAACAAGAUGGCCGGCCGCAUCGGGGACUCGCCGCUCAUCGGCUCCGGCACCUACGCGUGCGGCGCCUGCGCCGUGUCGUGCACGGGCGAGGGCGAGGCCAUCAUCCGCUGCACGCUCGCGCGCGACGUGGCCGCCGUCAUGGAGUACAAGGGACUGCCCCUGCAGCAGGCCGUCGACUACUGCGUCAAGGAGCGCCUCGACCAGGGAUUCGCCGGCCUCAUCGCCGUCUCCGGCACCGGCGAGGUGGCGUACGGAUUCAACUGCACCGGCAUGUUCCGGGGCUGCGCCACCGAGGACGGGUUCAUGGAGGUCGGCAUCUGGGAGUGAGCUGGAGGCCCCGCCAUCUAAACACAAAUCAAAAUCAGUGUGCGUGCAGCUGCAUGUGGCCAUCCUGCGAUUGCCAUGUGUUUAAUCUCCGGGUCACAGGUGUUGUCGAUGAUCCACCACUAGUAGUAGCGAUUGCAUGGAGAUUGGUGCUCGGGUCAAUAAUGAUGGUGAUUGUGACGGAGUGCCCUGCAAAAUAAUUAAUAAUUCGUGUGAAAAAGUUGAUUAUAUGGUUCCUGACACUA